AAGAACACGCCUGUAGCUUCUAAUCUCGGGCCGCUUCCUCCUGUCAAACAUGGCGCUGUCCAGGGCAAGAAUCGGAGGCGACUUGCUGCUGCGGCUUUUGGCGACACAGCGGUUACUUAGAAUUACUGCCCGACUCAAGACCCCCGUCAUAUCGAGUUUCCACGAGACACAAAAAUGCUUCCUUUCAUCUAAAACAAAGCCGGGCAUCGCAAGAACGAUUAUAACAAAGCUGAAGUCUGCCAACCAGCGAUAUGAACGUUUUCUGGAGGGCAACUUUCCACGGUUUUACAUUUUAUAUACCACCUUUUUCAGAGGAUUUCAACUUCUUUUCCGGGAUGCCAGGGAGUUCCAGAGAAUCCAGGUGAAAUUGACAAAGCAGGGAGUCCACCGAGACCAACUGCCAUACCGAGAAAUGGAGCUGUUGAGGCAGUUUCGUAGGGAUAUCAUAAAGGUGGCUCCUCUGGUGCUGAUCUCAAUCCCGCCAUUUGCAAACUACUUUGUCUUUGUGUUGAUGUAUUUUUUUCCCAGACAGGUUCUCAUUCGCCAUUUCUGGACACCAAAGCAGCAAACAGAAUUUGCAAACAUUUACCACAGUCGGCGGGCUCAGGUUUACCCACUCAUUGUGAACAAGCUCGUGAGCUCGGUGCCGGCGAUCACCAACAGUCGUCUACAAACACAGAUGUUGCACCUGUGUACCAAGGUUCAAGGAGGUAUGCAUCCCUCUGUGGAGGAGAUCCAAUUAGUGAGGCAGCUAUUCACCGGGCCACCGUUUGGCAUGAAACGACUCGAAGCAGAGCACAUGAGGAACCUCAGCCCAGUUCUAAUGCUGACCUCCAUGCUUCCUGCCAUGCUGCUGCAGCGAAGACUUGCACGGCAUUCAAUUGAGCUGCUGCAGCUUGACCGUGCACUGUGGGCCCUAGGGUUGCAUCAGCUGACAGAUCAAGAGUUGCGAAACGCAUGUUACCUGCGAGGCCUGAAUGCUACAUGUCUCAACACCAAUGACUGCCGAGAGUGGCUCCAUCACUGGUUGCAGCUCACUGUAACACUUAAAGAUUCAGAAGCCUCACUCCUGCUGCACAGUAUGGUGCUUCUCUCUGUGAACUACCCUGAAGGAUCGCUCCAUUGAUUUUCCACAGAUAAGGGGGCACCAGAGAAGACCAGUUUCCAUUUCAAGGCUUUCCCAAACAGUGAGCCUUUCACUUCGCCUUGGCAGGCCUUUCCUUCCACAAGGGACAUUGUUUCUUACUCCGUGCUCUACGGUGGGGAUUCCAGUCGUUGGAAGAAUGGUGGCAAACCCAAGAUGGAGUCCAGAAGACCAUGUUGGCAGCAUUCUGGAGGCUCACUGCUAACCACCAACGGCACCUGACAAAUUUUUAUGUGUGUGGGUUUGUGCACCCGUCUUCAGUUAUGGUUUACUUUUCUUUUUACGAAGAAAAAACCCACAAUAAGUCACUCGGCUUCAGUUGAAUUGCUUGUUCAUUGGGUGACUUUAAUGUCAGAGGGAACGAGUGCCGUGCUUAUCAGGUAAAUCAGAGUGUUUCAGCCUCCUCUGUGGGGUCAGUUGACCACCCUUAGGAUGCUCUGAUCUAACGACCAAAAUGCUUAUCAUGAAUUAUCAGUUUAUUUAAUUUGAUUUGGGGAACAAUUGAAGAUGUGAGAGGUGUCUCAGGGUAGCUCUUUUUCUGCAACACUUGGGUUCUAUCUGCCUUGAGGUGCCAUUGUCUGCCUCACGUUUUGAAGGCCUUCAUCAGAUGAAGGAAACUCACAUUUGAUAAAUGUUAUUUUUUAUUAUCAGGGGAGUUGAGAGCUGUUAUCAUUGUGGUACUUGUUAGUCUGUGAGAGAUGGUCAGUACUUCUCUAAAAAUGUUUACAGUGUGUUGUGAGAGAAACAGAGACUUGUCUGACAAGAGAGAGACAUUAUGGUGCAAAAGUUCUUAUUUAUUCUUUUAAAAUAUUUUGAUUCCUGUGAUGUAGAAAGAAAUUUUUCUUAAUCUGUUUUUUGCUUGACAUAUGCUUUGCAUUUACUAAGUAAAAUUUUAAGUCAGAA